UCCCAACACCAAGGUACAACCAUACCCGCGAUGCCGGCCUUGCUGCGAAAAUUGGCUAUCGUCGCGGCAGUCGACGGGCUGAUUCUGCACGCACACAGCGCCAACGGGCCUCGUCAUAGUCCCGGAAGCAACAAUGAGGCUUCGUCAAUUCGGAUCGACUAUAAGACGAACAAGAUCACCGCGCUGCCCGCUGCAGACGCGGAGUCGCUAGAGGGGCGGGAUGUGCUGGAGACAUACGGCUUAGUCGGUCUCUUAUCUGUCGCGUCUUUCUCGUUCCUUGUCUCCAUUACGCAGCGCCAGCAAGUCGCCCAGAUCCAAGACCACCCGAUCUACGCGGUGGCCAAUAUUGCUAUCAUCCCCAUCUCCUCGCAGGCCGAUGCCGCCCAUGCGAUCACGCAGGCCCGUAAAGAGGUCUCCCAGGGCGAGCCCGAACUCGACUCGCCCGAUGAAGAAGAGGUACCAGGCACUACCACCGAAGCCGUGGAGGCGGAGAUUCAGAGUGCGCCAGUCUCGCCGGUCCGCGAGCCGCUCCAUGCGCGAGGCCCUAGUGUCAGCAGUAUCGCUGAGGACGUGAUUGGGAAGCGGAUGCGCUUCGGGCGAUUCGCGACGAAUUGGCUUUCUCGCAAGAACUUGGGGUUACCGCGGCCCGGCGCGCUGGAACAAGAGCUUCCGGAGUCUCCAUUUGACGAUUCACCACGGUUAUCGGUUGAUACUCUGGAUAUCUCGGAUAAGGCGACAGAGGCUUCUGUGCCGGAGGAAGUCCAGGCUGCGCAGGCUGAUACUAAUCGCCCUCGCUCCGACCAGGCGGCGGAGCUAUUGCCGAAGUUGUUGCGGUAUACCAAACUCUUGUUUGCGUCGCAUAAUUUCUUCUUUGCAUACGAUUAUGAUAUUACGCGAUCAUUCAAUACCCAGGAAGCGCGAAAUGGACAUCUGCCUCUCCACAAAGUUGUGGACCCAUUGUAUUUUUGGAAUAAUCAUCUCAUGACAGCAUUCAUUGAGAGCGGAGCUCAUGGUUUUGUAUUACCCUUGUUACAGGGCUUUGUUGGCCAACGGGAGUUCAUCGUGGCUGCUCCCGAACAGAAGAAAUCCAACGAUUCUUCUGUGGAGCAGCAAGUUGAAGGCCGCAUUCUUGGGGAAACUCAGGAGGUUGAGGGUGUCGAGACAAAGGUUCCCAAGCAUAACUUCCUUUUGACACUCAUCUCGCGGCGCUCGGUCAAUCGGCCUGGGGUUCGCUAUCUGCGUCGCGGCGUGGAUGAUGAAGGAAAUACUGCCAACACUGUCGAAACAGAACAGAUUCUCUCAACUCCGGAAUGGGAUUCCUCGCAUAAUGUCUACUCAUAUCUGCAGGUCCGAGGAUCCAUUCCUCUGUAUUUCUCGCAAACCCCCUACUCCUUCAAGCCUUUGCCGAUCCUGCACCAUUCCGCCGAGACGAACCAGCUCGCUUUUGGGAGACAUUUCCGAGAACUGAGCCGGCGAUAUGGCAAAAUUCAGGCUGUCUCCUUGAUUGACAAGCAUGCCGGGGAAUUGAAACUGGGCGAACAAUACGAGAGAUACACUGGUGCCUUCAACGAGACUGGUGGUAUCGAUGGCGUGCCUCUACGCUUGGAGUGGUUUGAUUUCCACAGUGAAUGUCGCGGCAUGAAAUUUGAGAACGUAUCCCGCUUAGUUGAUCGCGUCACGGAUACUUUGGAUGAGUUCGGGUAUACCACGAUCAAAGAUGGUACCUCGUUGCAUCAACAAACAGGUAUUGUGCGGACGAACUGUAUGGACUGUCUCGACCGGACAGGGGUCGCACAGUGCGCGUUUGGGCAGUGGGCGCUAGAACGUCAACUACAAAAUGAGGGGAUCAGCAUCGAUCUCGGGGGCGAUUCUUCAACGCAAUGGUUCAAUACUCUCUGGGCUGAUAAUGGCGAUGCUAUCUCUAAGCAAUACUCGUCUACUGCUGCGCUUAAGGGAGACUAUACUCGCACUCGCAAGCGAGACUACCGCGGCGCUCUCAAUGACCUCGGGCUUACUCUCUCGCGGUAUUAUAACAACAUCGUCAACGACUUCUUUUCACAGGCCUGCAUUGACUAUCUCCUCGGCAAUGUCUCGACCCAGGUUUUCGACGAAUUUGCCCUCGAGCUUCAAACCACCGACCCCGGCAUCUCGGUCCAGAAGAUUCGACAGAAUGCCAUUGACACGAGCUGCAAAAUCGUCAUCAGCAGCCCCUCUGAAGAAUUUCUCGGCGGCUGGACCAUGCUCACGCCACGGCAACCAAACACGCUCCGUACCCUCCCCUUCGAAGAGUCGGUGCUGCUGUUAACUGAUGCAGCUGUGUAUAGCUGCCGCUUUGAUUGGGAAACCGACAAAGUGCUCUCCUUUGAGCGCAUCGAUCUCCGCUCCAUCUCCCGCAUUCACUAUGGCACAUACAUCACCUCCAUCAUGACGGACAGUCAAGCCAAUGAGGGCAGCAACGUGGGUUUGGUGAUCGUCUACCGUGACGGCGACGCGAACGCCCUCCGAGUUAAUACGCGCUCGCUGCAAACCAACGUGCGUCCUGCGGCGCUGGAGGCGACAACCAGCUCCAACGGUGAAUGGGAUCUGGUAUCUUGGCUGCGCGGCACUAAACGUGCAACAACGCGGUUUGUCGCGUUCAAAUCCAUGCCGCUUUCAAAUGCAAUCUCCAGUCCACGACUCGGACCUGGCGCUGGGGCCGGGCUUGCGGCGGGCAGUGGGAACGUGCGCGAGCUCGACCGAGUGCGAUCGAUCUGUCAGGAUAUUGAACGUGCACUUCUGGCCGGAGAUGGACAAAAUAUCGACGCGGCGUCUGUGGUGGAGCAAUCGGAUAUUAUCUCACUAGCAGAUGCGAAGAAGCGGACAGGCAUUUUGGAGUAUCUAGUAUACGAUAUCAAGAAGAUGGUCUGGGCUUGA